CGGCCCGUUAGCCGCCGGUCGAGAGUCGCCGCACGCAGCCGCGUCCGCGCCCGGCGGGGGAGGGGCGGCCCGCGCGUCGACUUUCCCAGCAUUCCCAGCGGCGCGGGGAAAGUUUACCGGACGUAGGCGGUGGCCGCAGCCGUAGCGGCUCCCGGCGGCGGACCAUGGCCCUAGUGGGCGGCCGCGGCCCUGUCCCAAGGCGGCCUCGGGCGGCGGCGCUGAGCCGGCUGACUUCCCGGGAGGAGCUGCCCUGCGAGUGAGCGGCGGCGGGCGCGCUUAGCGCCGCCAACAUGCGGCGGAGCCUGCGGGCGGGCGCGGGCGGCGGAGACCCGAGGCGAAGGCGGCGCCGGCCCGGGAGGCGGCGGCGGGCGGCGGGCUCGCGGCCCUAGCGAGGCUGCUGGGGCAGCGGCGGGCGACGUCCGCGAGGAUGCUGUCCCGCAAGAAAACCAAAAACGAGGUGUCUAAGCCGGCCGAGGUUCAGGGCAAGUACGUGAAGAAGGAGACGUCGCCCCUGCUGCGGAAUCUCAUGCCUUCAUUCAUUCGGCACGGUCCAACAAUUCCAAGACGGACUGACCUCUGUCUUCCAGAGUCAAGCGCUAGUGCUUUCUCAGCUUCUGGAGAUGGCGUAGUUUCAAGAAACCAGAGUUUCCUGAGAACUCCAGUUCAAAGGACGCCUCAUGAAGUAAUGAGAAGAGAAAGCAACAGACUGUCCGCACCGUCUUCUUACCUUGUCAGGAGCCUAGCGGAUGUCCCUCGGGAAUACGGCUCAUCACAGUCAUUUUUAACAGAAGUUAAUUUUGCUGUUGAAAAUGGAGACUCUGGUUCCCGAUAUUUUUAUUCAGAUAACUUUUUUGAUGGUCAGAGAAGGAGGCCACUUGGAGAUCGUGCACAAGAAGACUAUAGAUAUUAUGAAUACAACCAUGAUCUCUUCCAAAGAAUGCCACAGAAUCAGGGGAGGCACACAUCAGGUAUUGGGAGAGUCACUGCUACAUCUUUAGGAAAUUUAACUAACCAUGGAUCUGAAGAUUUACCCCUUCCUCCUGGCUGGUCUGUGGACUGGACAAUGAGAGGGAGAAAAUACUACAUAGAUCAUAACACAAACACAACUCAUUGGAGUCAUCCUCUUGAACGAGAAGGACUUCCUCCUGGGUGGGAGCGAGUGGAAUCAUCAGAAUUUGGAACCUAUUAUGUGGAUCACACAAAUAAAAGGGCUCAGUACAGGCACCCCUGUGCUCCCAGUGUGCCUCGGUAUGAUCAGCCUCCACCCAUCACGUAUCAGCCACAGCAAACUGAAAGAAAUCAGUCUCUCCUGGUCCCUGCAAACCCCUACCAUACUGCAGAAAUUCCUGACUGGCUUCAGGUUUAUGCCCGAGCCCCUGUGAACUCUCAGAGUUUUUCAUCUGUAAACAAGAAAACUGAAUUAGACUGUCUCUUGAUCUCUUCCCUUUCGAAGUAUACGACCACAUUCUGAAGUGGGAGCUCUUCCAGCUGGCUGACCUGGACACGUACCAGGGAAUGCUGAAGCUGCUCUUCAUGAAGGAGCUGGAGCAGAUUGUCAAGUUGUAUGAGGCCUACAGACAGGCUCUUGUCACCGAGCUGGAAAACCGCAAGCAGAGGCAGCAGUGGUAUGCCCAGCACCAUGGCAAGAAGUUUUUAAGUUAACUUUCCACAAGCCAGGUUUUGUAAGAGCUUUAAAAUAUUUUCAGAUAAAUGACUGCAAACAAGUUCUUUGGUUAAUAAAGGCAACUUACUAUUUGGAAUUACAAAAUUCUAGUUUUACAUAUAUUAUCAACUUUUUCUUUUAUUGAACCAAGAAAGUUUUAUCACUUAAAAAGCCAAUAUGGCAUAUACUACCAAAUGCUGUUAGGAAACUGCUUUGGAGACUGUGGAUGGAAAGGAGUACAGGAAGAGACUGUCAUAAAUGGCAUUAAACAGGAGUGGACACACCCUUCUUGUUCCGAAAAGGAAGCGGACGAGAGCACACUGUGAACAGCGGCUCCUUGUGGUGUCAGGUGUUUUCUGGAAUGAGAUGGUGUGACCAUUGCCAUGGGUAUAGUUCAGAAUAAAAACAGGGCAUGGAGCCUUUAUGGGGACAAACGUGUAUAUGGUGUGUGUGGUCAUCUACUCCCACCUCCUCCCUAUGUGAGGGACACCUUUGAAGGAGGGAGAUAAAGCCUUUCAGGAAUAGAGUCAGGAAUACGGGAAUAUAAUAAAUACGGGCCUCAGUUGGUGCGAAACUGUUGCUAAUACUGCUUCCUUCCUUCCUUUGAGCCAGAGCACAUGAGUACAGUCAGCAAGGCUCUGGUGAGACACAGCACGGGCUUCCUGACCACAGGGAAUACUGUCUUCCAUCAGGCUGGGCUACGUGCCAAAAGUGACAGUCAGGGAUCCAAUGAGGAAUCUUGGUCACUUAAGUAAAUUUCAUAUUGCCUUUUUUAUCUUUGAGAAGUAUUUGUCAUAAAGGUUUAGAAACAGGUCAUUCCUUCCUAUUUUUCUUGCUUUGGGCUUAAUAGUUGUUCAUAAUUAGUGCUGAACACUUUAUUACAGAUAAACUUAUGGAACUUCCAGCUGUAAAUCUAGAAUUCUUGAGUUUCAUCAUAGCUCUUCAGUUGUGCUUACAAAUGUUGUGAAUAUGUAUAUAUUUUAGUUCUUUUCCUAAAUAUAAGCACUCCCUGAUAGAAAUGACUUUGAAUUAUUGAUAAAAUUUUGUGUUUGAUUUUAUAUAACAAGUUAUUAAAUAUAUUUUUGUGGAAA